AUGGACGCGUUCUCGGACAUGUGCAACGCACUAGGUCGACAGAAAUAUCGAGAUGAGUACAUCGCAAACGCUCACAACAAGCUGCUUCAUGAUGUUAAGGCUAGAGACGGAUUAGAACGCAGCGUACUGAUCCCUCUGUUGGCACUUAUGGACGCUUUACGUUCUGACGGAUCAGUGGAUUCAAGUGCAGUGCCAGCGUCUAUGCGAGCAGCAGUGGGGUUGGGUUUGGAUGGGAACUACUUGAAGUAUAUCCAACGAUCAUGCAAGGCUGUUGCUGCUAUCAUCGAUGCCAGAUUCGCGACUCCUUCUCACAUUUUGUCGUUCAAGACGAAGACGACGAAUGCGAAUCGAGAGUAUGUGUUCUCGGAUCUGAUGAAGCUGAUGAAAGCCAGCAAGGGUCCAUUAGCAGGACGUGACAUGAUCUACCUCGAGGCUGAGAUCAAGAAAGACCCGGAGCUUUUAGACUUGUUUUCGCGUAGUUCGGAUUCCAGUCCAUCCACAGAGUAUGACGACGACAGUACACUAUUACAUCAGGCAGCUGUCGGCCCUGCGCGUGAUGCUAAACUAGUGGAGUGGUUGGUCCAGAUGAGAGCGCUGUUCAACCAGCCACUGCAUUGCCGAAAGGAGCCGCGACAACGAGACCUCACUUGCCCUCGGAAUCUAUUACCGAACACUAUGGCUAUCCACAGCGCGGUAAUUGCGGGAGAUUGGCAAAUGGCAAAGCUGGAGCCGCGACAACGAGACCUCACUUGCCCUCGGAAUCUAUUACCGAACACUAUGGCUAUCCACAGCGCGGUAAUUGCGGGAGAUUGGCAAAUGGCAAAGCUUCUUCUGGAGUGUGACAACAUGGUGGACUUGAACACACCCACGUGUCAUACCAAAGAAACACUCGCACAUUUGGCCGUCAAGUUCGGACACAUGGAAGUGUUCGUCGGACUCCACAGGAACGCGGUUGAUUUUCGAAUCCCGAACGCCAAGGGGCAAUUCGUGUGGGAGAUGACAGCAGAUCGCACAUUCUCUGAAAAAAUUCGGGAUGUCGCGACAGAGAUGGAGUUUACUUCCAGGUUGGGCAGGGGGAGGAGAGAUAGUCCUGGAGUAUUUCAGCAGCAAUUGACUCGUCUUGCAGAACAGUCCCGCAAGUUGGUGAUUGUUCAGCAUGAUGACGAGCGCCAAAAUGCGUUGGAAGAAUUGACUACGAACUCCCCUGUGGCGAUCAAGCGGAAAAAGAAAUCCACGAAGAGUAAGAAGAGUAACCCAGACGAAAGAGGCGACGCCAGUUCUAAUUCAUCGGACCCCAUCCUAGCUCCUGUGAGGGAAUUCUGCGCCACAACGAUCGAUUUCGUCAAAUUCGUCGUGCGGACGGCACGGACCAGUCUUUCUGUUGGCAGGGAGGCGCAGGCUAGCGAAGUGCUGGCCGUGCUUGAGAAACGAUUGCUGAAGACGCCGUUUUCAGAGCGAGAGCCACCAAUAUUCCGAGAGAUGGUGCAAGGCUAUUCGAAGGAGCGAUUUGCGAUGGAAUUGGGCAAGACCACAAGUCCGGAUACUUUUCAUCGCUUGGAAUGGUAUCUGAGUACUCCCGUGCAGGAUCCUAAGCUUCUGAUGACGUUGGAUACAUUUGUGGGACGUCCAUUUUACUUCAAGCUGGUGAUCUCGUCUGGAACGAGUGACCAAAAUGUGAACUGCUUCGGCGCUUGUAUCAAAAGGCUUUCAAAGCUAUCUCGCAGCCCUGCACAUCCAGUCUACAGAUUGAAGAGUUUGCGUUUUCGGCUGGCGGAGUCUUUCGGAAUGCUGCAACAGCUUGAGACGGGCGAGUACGACGUUGUGCCGCUUGGAAGUAUUUGUAUUCAGUGA